AUGGAAGUUGAGACUAAUAAUAAUAAUUCUUAUUUAUCUGUUGUAAGAAGAUCAUCAAGAAGAACAUCUUUCCCUACCUUGCAAGGUCUAUAUGUAUCACUUUUUGAAGGAGAAAUAACAAGUGAUGGUUUAGAUUUAUCAAUAUCCAACAAAAAUACUGGCAAAGAAUUCAACCCAAAACUAUUGAAGAUUACUUUUUUCUUAAGUAUAUUUAUUUCAACUGUCCUCUGUUUGGACCAUGGAUUUGUUUCAUGUAAUCUUGAAUACAUAGAGAAGAGCUUUGGGGUAGGUUAUGCGCAAUCUAGUUUUAUAGGAUCAAUGGUUUAUAUGGGUUUUUUAAUUGGCUGCUUAUUAACUGGAUUAUUCUUACCAGUAUUGAAGUCUAAGGUGUUACUUAUCGGCUCGCUAAUAUUUGUGGUUUUUAGCGGAAUCUAUUCAUCAAAAUCCUUAACUUUAACAGAAAUAUAUGCAUCUAGAUUUUUUAGUGGUUUUUUCCAAGCAUUUUCAAUUGUUUAUCUUCCUUUGUGGGUUGAGAAAUUUUCUCCUCAAUCUAGUACAACCACAUGGCUUGCAUAUCAACAGUUAUUUAGUAUGGUUGGAGUAUUUUUUGGGUAUUUACUUGGGGGAAUCCUCACUUGUUUUACUGCCGAGGAUAUUAAUAUUUAUUACAUGUCAUCCAGUGAAAAACUUAGUUCUUUAUUCAUUUCCUGGCGAGGACCUUUUAUUAUUCAGUCUGCAUUAAUUAUACCAAUAAUACUUAUAUUAAUAUUUAUUCCAGGAGAAAUUUUAGAUGUUGGAGAUCAGGAGCAACUUAGUGAAAUUGAAUAUUCAAAAACUACAGGGCUUCUUGUUUCAGGUGUUGACCUAAGAAGGUCGACAAAUAAUAAUUUAUUACCUGACGAAAAUAAUUUAAACAAGAGAAACAGUAAACUAAGAAGAUCUAGUGUACUCUUAAUUCCAUCCCAAUCGAAUAAUCCUAAUUCUUCAAAAAGCCUUGAAAUUAGAGAAAUAUGUUCAAACCCCAUAUUUAUGUUUUCAACUUUUGCAGUUUGUGGAGUUUACUGUUUCACAACAUGUACAUUAUUUUGGUUAAAUCAAUAUUUUGUAGAAGUUAUUAAAGUAGACAGGAUUACAUCUGUAUUCUCAGUUGCAUGUAUUUAUCUUUCAGGCCCAACACUUGGAGUAUAUAUUGGAGGUAUUACAGGUGAUUUAAUUAAUGAUUAUCAUCCAAAUGGGUUUGGAUUUAUACUAACUUUGUGCACAAUAUUCUCUUUUAUUGGAUUUAUCACGUCAAUGGUAGUAGCUCAAACUCAUCCCUAUAUCAGCUUCUUUUGGGGGAUGAUCAUUAUAUUAUUUUUCCUUACAAGUACACUACCAAUGUCGCUCAUUGUUAUAAUGAAGAGCGUAUCAAGCAAAACGAGACAGCUCGCAUCAGCAAUUGCACAAUUUUCUUUUAAUUUUGUAGGUUUCCUUUUAUCCCCUGUAAUUAUUGGAAUAAUCAUGGAUAUAAUUGAAUACUUCCCAUUCGGUGCACUAAAAAGAAGGUAUAAUCCUAUAGAAGUCGGAAUAAAAAUAAUGCUAUAUAUUUCUCUACCUACAUUCUUUUUUUAUUCACUAGCAACGUUAUGCAGUUAUUUCAAUUGUCUAAUAUCACCGAAAAUAACACAAAAAAAGAUCAUCAUUGCGAACCAAAUAGACAUCCCAAAACAGCUUUUUAUUAAGUAG